GUUAUUCUGUAGCACUAAUUUUUAAAGUAUUUUUAGCGUAUCUAAUAAUAUUUAAAAAAUAAUCAUAUCGUGUGUAACCUUUUUUAGUUUAAGUUUUUUUUUUUUUAAUAUUUACAUGAAUUCAACUAUAUUCUAUGACUAUUACAUGCAAUAUUAUUUUGAACAUUUGUUAUAGAGUAUUUUUUUACUAUCAGUGAUUUAUUUUAAUAAAUAUCUUAUAUCAAACAUAGGUACAUCAAAUAUAAAACUAGGUAUCUACCUACAUACUAUACAUACAUGAAAGCAAAAAAGAUUAAGCUAGAAGUUGGGUAGAAGUCAGAGCAGGCGUAUGCGAACCGCUGCCAUGGUUGACGCAGUUUAUCGCGGUAACAUUGACGAAUUGUUGUCUGUGAUUAACCACCUGAAGAAAUACAUAAUCGCCUUCAUAAUCGUUCUACUAGUCCUGUUAUCGGUGUUUCAUUUCUCCAAGUUUUCAGUACAUGUCGUGCCGCUGAUCAUCGUCACGUUAGUGCUGUUGCCGGCCGUCUACUACACGACCGUUCUCGUUCUGAAGUUCAGCACCAACGUAAUUGCUUCGAAUCAAACCGGAGAAGUUUCGACAAUGAACUCUAAUAACAAUCAACAAGUUUUAAAAACUCCUGACAUUCCGUACCCGAAUAGCCCAACCCCACCGCCGACGUACGAAGAAGCGACGCGAAACGACCAUUAUUAUCAACCACAAUCGUGGUUGCCUUCAACUAGCAGCGGGUAUACCAGCAAUGGUCAGUCGACAGUACCCGCUGUGUUCAGUGUCGAGUAUCAGUACAACGACACUAUGCCAAAUGUUCACAGUGGAAGACCGGCUACGACCAAGGCUACAACCACACCCAAUCAGACCCCAGAUAAUUACACGUCAUCGCAUAGAACAACGAUCCAAAAUAUUCCCAGCGUGACUAUAACUUUGGACAGUGAUCAACAUCCAACUGAAAUUCAAUGAAACAAUAAUAACCUUUGAGUCUAAUUCUGAGUGUCUGGAUUCGAUUUUAUUGGAAAUUUAGGAUUUUAAGGACAUUCAAGAUAACUAAAGAUCAACCGAACAAUUUGGGCAUUUCGAAUUGUUAGGAUGAUUUAGAAAAUUUAGAUAAUUGAAUUUUCUCAGCUCUUAUAGUUUUUAACUAUUAAAUUAUUUAAUUGUAUUAUCAAGAUUAUUUUGAAUAUUAUUGUUUUAUGCUUAUCUAUAUUUAUACAUCUACUUAUUUUUAAUAUUUUUUAAAUAAUUAUUUGUAAAAUACUGAAAUCUUUGUUGAAAUAUUUUAUGCAUAAGUAGUUCGUUAAUAAUUUUAAUUCGAUCUAGUAAUUAAUCAAAAUAUAAAUACCUACAAUCAGUAUCCUGAUACUGGGAUAUCCAACAAUUUAUAAAAUCUAAAUUAUUUCAUAGUACUAUAUAGUAUUUAAUAAUUAUCAUCAUUUUUUUAUUUAUAAUAUAUUGUUAUUUAAUUUAAUUCAAACUAUUAUUAUGGUUUAUGUACAAUAAUUUCCAUUGUAAAUACUUAUCGUUGUUCAAAACGGAAUUUAGUUGUUUUGAAGUUUGUUCUCAAUUUUCUAAUAAUAUUGAUGACUUUUUUUUUUAAAUUUUAAUUACAUAAGUUAAAUAAAUAUAAUAAAAUGUCUGAAAUUAAUAAAUUAAUACAGUUUAAGCUUUUAACUUACUAUACUCAACUUCAAAUGAUAUAUCUAUUGUAAUGAGUGUGGUUUGUCUAAUAUAUGUAUGCAGUAAAAAAUAUUAAUAAAUUCUUUUUUAUUUAAUUUUAUAUCACAAAAAUUUAUGGAUAUUGGAUACGUAUAUAAUUUAACCAUUGUAUAGUAUUUAUUUUAUGCAUUUCUGUCUAAAUUACGUUAUAAGUAUAUUUUAUUUUAAUAAGUUACUUAUAGUAUAAAUUAACUUUUACGAUAUUAAAA